UUCAAAAGUAAAGAUAUUACGGGGUAUCGUGUAGUUGUGUUCAAGAAAAAGGAAAUUUUUUUUUUGUUAAAUCAAAAAGGAAAUAAUUAUUAGUGGAAAAGUAAUGUUCAUAUUGUUCAACUUUAUCUUUGAAACUUUCAUUUUUUUUGAAAGUUUAUCUGCAUACAGUAAAGAUCGAUGACUAAAGAUCAAGAGAAAAAUCAAAGAAGAAAAUAAUCUGAACUAAUUUCUUGAAUUUUACCAUUAUUCUACAGUAUCUAGUCAUACUAUGUAGUACUAUACGUCUACACGUAAUGUCUAGUUGAGCAAGUCAUUAAUUAUCUUGAAUUUAUAUCAUUUGGAUUGACAAGCAUAAAUGAAUAAAAUGAUAUAUGUCAAUCUAUAUCUUCCAAAAAAAAUGUCAAUAUAUUAAUCUUCUUCUAAUUAGUGUCCAAAUUCAAGGCUUAUUCUUUUGCAAUCUCGUUUUUUUUUUUUUUUUGAAAGAAACGAUAGCCAAUUAUUAUUAAAGGAGGUUCAUUUCUGCCAAAGUUGUUAUGCUUUGGGGAAAGGUACCUAAGCGAACAAGUUCAGAAUUACAUCCAGUAUCCCACCUUGCAACUAAAUGGACAACGGUGUUACAAGAACACUUAAUAUGCUUAAAAGAACAAAAAUAAAAAGACAAGCUAUUGUUUCUAAUAUCAUCAUAGAUAAGUUGGAUCGGGGAUACACCACUUCUUGAGCUCUUCAAGGCAGCCACCACAUUCACGUAAUCGGUCUCAACUUCAAUUGAAUUGUAGCCUAACUCCCAGCCAACAUAACACCGUAGCGUAUCGUCAUUGCCUCAGCAAUCUCGGGGGUCGUACCAAACACUUUCUUCACUGCUGCAGUGACAAUAACAUCAUCAGCAUCCCUAAGCAUGACGCCUAACCCCCACCAGCGAACCCACCAACACAUGAGCAUCAGUGUUCACUUUGAUGCGACCCACAGCAGGUCUCGUCCAACUCACAACAGUAGUAGUGGCAGGUCCGUAGGUUGAGAGGGGAUGCAGCACCUUCUCAGCAUAUUUAUUAGUCUUGUACGAGUCUUGAAAAGCCUGCAGCUAACAUCACACCAUUCGGCCUCUCCCCUUGGUACACCAUCAUGUUUCUCCUUUUCCAUACUGCCCACAUUAGUGCAGCCAUGGCACACACCACACUCGCAUCCACCUUCUGGCCUAGCCAAGUCCACAAUUCACCAAAGUUCGAGCGAGGAGCAUCAUUAAGUAAGUCUUUAUACUCACUAAGGUUCCAUAUUUCCCUAGCAAUAACACAAUCAAGCAAGGAGUGAAUCACCGUCUCACUUACCCCACAAAAUUGACAGCUCGCAUCAGUUAUAAUGUGACGCCGCACAAGUCGUUCUUUAACGGCCAUGGUCCCCUUCACCCGAAUUCAAGUUAGGUCCGACCCGACCCGAUAUUUUGGGCAGCCUUGGGAAAUCAAUUUUAUGCAAUUUUAGUUGUUUUUUUUCCCAACCUGAAAUUGGCUCGAAAAGCCCGCUUGGGCAGGUUUGGACACACAUUUUCCAGCCCAAAGUUUGACCUGGCCCGACCCGACAAAUAGACUUAUCUUUAACCUUGAACCGGCCCGAACCCAACCCGCCCAUUGAUCACCUCUGCCACUUCACCGAGUUCACCCUUCUAUAGCUCAUAGUUUCAAACGUCAAAGUACUAGGUACUGACUUUAUUUACUAGGUAGUAUUUAUUUAUUUUUUAACUCAAAUUUUCGAAUGACUCCCAACUAAACAUGGAAUUCUAAACAUAUUCUUCAAAUGAUCACCAAAAAAUUUUAAGUAAAAUUGCCAUGUCAAACCCAGUUUUCCGAUUAAGCAGAUCAACCUUGACAAUUCCCACCAUUCUCAACUUAGCAACCUUUUCACCUGCUCGAACUCGUCAACUUCAUGCCCACAUUAUCAAAUCAGGCCUUCUCAACGACAAUUCUCUCUCCUCAAAGUUACUAUCUUUGUACUCAAAUCACCGAUGUUUCGCCGAAGCUUCCAUCUUUCUUGACUCAAUUGACGAACCCAGUUCUUCAUCUUUCUCCAUUAUCAUCAAUGCAUUGUCAAAAUUCAAUUUUUUUAAUAAUGUUGUUGAUUUGUUUAGGAAAAUGUUAUCUAAGGGUGUAUGUCUUGAUAGUUAUCUUCUGCCUGCUGUGUCGAAGGCGUGUGCCGGGCUUUCGGCUUUCGAGCUUGGCAGGCAGGUUCAUGGACUUGCGCAAGUAUCUGGGUGUUCAUUGGAUGUUGUUGUGCAGUCUUCUUUAGUUCAUAUGUAUGUGAAAUGUGGUCGCUUGAGUAUUGCACGUAAGGUGCUCGACGAAAUUCCUGAACCAGAUGUUGUCACAUUUAGUGCUAUGAUUGCUGGUUAUGCUCGAAAUGGUGAUGUGGGUAUGGCGAAAAGACUUUUUGGUGAUAUGGGAAAAUUGGGGUUGGAGCCUAAUUUGGUGUCUUGGAAUGGUUUGAUAGCAGGAUUUAAUCAAAGUGGAAGGCAUUUGGAGGCCAUACAUGUGUUUCUUGAUAUGCAUUUACGAGGUUGUCAGCCGGAUGGAAGUAGUUUUUCUAGUGUUUUAGCUGCAAUAGCGGACUUGGAGGUUUUGAAUGUGGGAAUUCAAGUUCAUGGUUAUGUGAUCAAGAGGGGGUUUGCUUGUGAUAAAUGGGUUGUUAGUUCCCUUGUUGAUAUGUAUGGUAAGUAUGCUUGUGUUUCGGAGAUGAAACAAGUGUUUGAUGAGAUGGGUUGUAUGGAAAUAGGCUCGUGCAAUGCCUUAGUUUCUGCGCUUGCUAGGAAUGGUCUUGUCAAUGAUGCAUUAGCAAUGUUUAGCCAAAUGAGAGAACGCAAGAUGGACCUAAAUGUUGUUUCUUGGACGUCAAUGAUUAGUUGUUGUUCCCAAAAUGGUAAAGAUGUUGAGGCUUUGGAGCUUUUCACUGCUAUGCAGCUUGCUGGUGUGAAGCCCAAUGCCGUCACAAUUCCUUGCUUGUUACCUGCCUGUGGUAACAUUGCAGCAUUAAUGCACGGGAAAGCAGCACAUUGCUUCUCUAUCCGGAGGCAGAUAACGAAUGAUGUUUUUGUUGGCAGUGCCCUCAUAGACAUGUAUGCAAAGUGUGGCAAAAUUAGGGAUUCUCAGCUAUGUUUUGAUGCAAUGCCCACCAGAAACACUGUAAGUUGGAAUGCAGUAAUUGGUGGAUACGCUAUGCAUGGAAAAGACAAGGAAGCCCUGGAGAUGUUUGAUUUGAUGCUCAAGAGUGGACAAAAACCUAACUUUAUAACAUUCACUUGUUUGCUAUCUGCUUGUAACCAGAAAGGCCUUGUUGAUGAAGGCUGGCGUUAUUUCAAUUGCAUGCAAAAAGAGCAUGGUGUUGAAGCUAAAAUGGAGCAUUAUGCUUGCAUGGUGAGCCUCCUAAGUCGUGUAGGAAAGCUUGAAGAAGCUUAUUCAGUGAUCAAAGAAAUGCCUUUUGAACCUGAUGCUUGUGUUUGGGGAGCUCUGCUGAGUUCUUGUAGAACCAACAAAAACUUAAAGCUAGGUGAAAUAGCCGCCGAGAGGCUUUUUAAGUUGGAACCUAGGAAUCCUGGUAACUAUGUCCUUCUGUCAAACAUUUAUGCUUCAAAAGGCAUGUGGGGUGAUGUUGACAGGGUAAGGGAUUUGAUGAAGGAUAUGGGUUUAAAGAAAAACCCUGGAUGCAGUUGGAUUGAGAUAAAGAACAAAGUCCACAUGCUUCUAGCAGGGGAUAGAACACAUCCCCAGAUGUCCCAAAUUAUUCAUAAGAUGGAAGCACUAGGCAAAGAGAUGAGGAAGGCAGGUUUGGAUCCUAAAAUUGAUUAUGUGCUACAAGAUGUAGAAGAGCAGGACAAGGAGCAGAUGUUGUGUGGUCAUAGUGAGAAGUUGGCUGUAGCUUUUGGACUCCUAAAUACGCCUGCAGGGUUUCCUCUUCGUGUAAUCAAGAACCUUAGAAUAUGUGGCGAUUGCCAUGCAGUUAUAAAGUUUAUUUCCAGCAUUGAAAGGCGAGAAAUUUUUGUUAGAGACACUAAUCGAUUUCAUCAUUUCAAAGAUGGGGAAUGUUCUUGUGGGGAUCAUUGGUGAUUGACAAAGUCAAAAUUGGGACAAUAUAACGCUUACAUGAGGAUAGUAAGAGGCACCUUUCCUGACUUUAGCAUCACUACUGUGCUCUACUUACCUCACAACAUAUAUUGUCAAGAAGAAGUACCAUCUGUCUCUUUACUGAAUAAUCAGCAGGGUCUAGAACCUGGAAUUGCUGUUUUCAGUCCUUUGCAUCUGGGAGUUACUCCUGUGAAGUGUCACCUUACUCGUAUCUGGGAUUGCUGUAUUCAGUCUUUGAACCUGAGAGCUCUCCUCUGGGUCGAAAUAUUACUUUGGGAAACUGAUUUCGUUCAAGCCUCGAAGUGUUAAUUUGUCUAAUUUCGUGUUAUUUUUGUGACCCGGUAAACCAAUUUCCCCAACAAUCCAAAGUAAUAUUAUUCUAUAAAGAUGACAUGGUGUAAGAAUUGUCUUACAAUUUCCAUAAUUUGGACAAAUUAAGAGGAGUGGUUUUACGAAGAUGGUAAAAGUUUGCAAUUGCAAUUUUUGGUGUCAUCUCUUGGAGUGGUGUUUAUUCUCAAAGUUAAUGGAGGAAAAAGACGAGUCUUUGGAGGCCACAAGGAAGAGGAUCAAGCGGAAGAACGGUUUGUUCGGUACCAUUAAAUUGAUGCAAUUCGCGGUAAUUCAUUGUUGUUUUAUCCAUGGCGAAUUGGUUAGUAUUUCUAAUUUUCUAUAUUUUUUUUAUUGUUUUCCAUGCUUGAAAUGAUGAAUAGUUUAAUUCAUUUUUGAUUUUAUUUUAUGAUUAUUUAGCAUGGAUAAUUUAUUAUUUUAUUUGAUGAUGACUUUUUAUAGAAAGUAUAACAUGUGCUUAUUAUGUUAAUUGUUAUAUUGAUUAUGUAUAUUGGUAAUAUAUAUGUUAAUUGUUAUUCAUGGAUUAAUGACUAUCGAUGAUAAUCAAUGUGGCAAAGUUGUGCUUUGAUAAAGUAUUUUAUUAGUCUAUGCAUGAUAAAAUUCAAUUGUAGCUCUCAUUGAAUCAUGCGGUAAUGACUAAUAGUCAUGGUAAUUAGAAUAAUUUUUGAGGUAAUUCAAAUGUCUUGAUUUAAUUCAAGUGAUGCUCAUUUCGAUAGUUCAUGAACUUAUUAAUGUGGAUAG